CCUCACUUAGCAAGCCACAGAGGGCCGCCUCUUUCGCAACAAACAACGGCGGUUUUCGGAAGUUGCUGUUGUUUUUUCGAAGCUUCAUUCUUCUUUCUCGGGGUUGAAGCAAGCACAAGCGACAGCCCAUGACCCUCUCGCUAACGUUGUGGAGAUCCUUCCGAUACCACAUUGCUACCGUAUCCUCGUAGUUGUUGUUCGCCGCCUUACAUACUCCUCCACCAUGUCCCAAACCAACCGCAAGCGCACGUCGUCAUCCUCCAUCUCGUCUGCGGAUUUGACCAGUCCAGAAGAUAUGGAUCCUCCCCGGAAGAUGACGUUUUGGGAGCGAGGAUACAAGUCUCUCAAGUCCUUCAGAGAAAAGCAUGGCCACACCAAUGUUCCGUACCGCUACGAAGAAGACCGUACCUUGGGAACUUGGACCGCCCGUCAGCGCAAGCUCAAGGAUGAAUUGACGGACGAUCAACGAAGGCUUCUCGAAGAAAUUGGAUUUACAUGGCAAUCCACGCAAGAUCGGGCUUGGAUGGAAAAGUUUGAUCGUCUCAAGACGUACUUUGAAAAGGAAGGACACUCCUGCGUACCCACAAGCUACCCGGACGAUCCCGAAUUGGGCGAAUGGACUGCCAAGCAGCGCCAAAAGGAGACGCAGGGCCGCCUCUCCCAAGAACGUCGCGAAUUGCUGGAUAGCGUCAAGUUUGUCUACCGCAUCAACAAGUUUGUCAAACGCAAGUCCACAGCAAGAGAGGACAAGAAAUGGUGGGAACAACUGGAGCGAUUGAUUUUCUUCCUCUUGGAACAUGGGCAUACUCUGGUCCCAUUUCAGUACUUUGCGGACAAGUCACUUGGUCGCUGGGUCAACGAGCAGCGCUGUCAAAACAUGCGAGGACUGCUACGACAUGAUCGACGAGAUAUUCUGUCGGCGAUUGGAUUCGUGUGGAAGGUCAACUCGCGCAAAGGACAAUUGAUCCUGGAAGACGGAGCCGACGACAAUUCGCAAUGGGCCUACAACUUUCGACAGCUGGUCGAGUACAAGGAGAUGCAUGGAUCCUUUCCAGCCGCCGGAAUGGAUGCUCCUUUGAGCCUGUGGGCCGACGCGCAGCGAAGCAUCAUGGAAGAGGGUGACAUGGAAGAAAUGAGAGCCCAGCGCUUGGCCGCCAUUGGAUUUUGCCGUGAUGGGGAAGAUGAGAUUUGGGACACCAACUACGCCAAGCUGCAAGCUCAGGGAUACAAUAGCAUUUACACACUGGAAGAUUCCUGUUUGUCCCACUGGGUCAUUAUCCAGCGCUACCUGUACAAGAAGGGCCAACUCCACCAAGACAAGAAGAUGCAGUUGUUUGAUAUUCCUGGCUUUGUCUGGGAUUCUUCGCCCCUCAAUCUACCCAAGCCCGAGUCCAAGCAUGUCUUGAAAGAAAAGCAACGCCGCAACAGCAAUAGCAGCAACAACAACAAGGAGAACAAGAAGCCUUCCAAGGGAAAAAAGAAGGUUGUUGCCACGCCUUUGGAGGAGCAACGCCAAACAACUUCCACCAUCUCGGCGCCGGAGAACAAGAAACCAAUCAAGAAGCGAAUUCCCUACGUGGUAGCAUCUUCCACUCCAUCGAUAGCCACCUCGACCCCAGCCAACGAGAUUGAAGGCUUUUGUGGUCUCUUAGCCAUCGCUUCCAGCUUUCGGGCCAAAGAAAACAUUUAGACUGCAUUUAGUUGGUUGCCAAGCUUGGGCUUGAUUCUUGCGUUCCUAAUAUAUUGGUGAAUGCUGAGGGAUCAAAUCGCACAUCACAUACAAUGUCAUUAUGCUCUCCAAGUAGUCUAAGAUUAGAAUAUGCAUAGUAUCAAUGCUUACCAACAUUC